UUUGUGUGCAAGUAUCGAUUUAGUUAAUGGAAGGACUCAUUCCCAUUACAGCUCCCAUCGAGACUGUUUCGGGACGAGUCUUGAGAAUUUUGGAUUGACGAAGCCUUAAGUUGUUUGUUUAUGUUAGCUAACUAGCUCGCAGGUUAGCUACGCUCGCUAGGUUACCCGUGUGAGCUUUCAAGACAUAUUUGCUGUGCAGGCUGAGGGCAGGCGAGAAUAAUGGCUACCCAGUCUGAUUUGAUGGAGUUGGACAUGGCAAUGGGAGACAGCAAGGCUGCAGUGAGCCAGUGGCAGCAGCAGUCCUACCUGGACUCAGGCAUUCAGUCUGGAGUCACGACCACAGCACCAUCUCUGAGUGGCAAAGGAAACCCCGAUGCAGAGGAGGAAGAUCCAACUCUGUAUGACUGGGAGUUCAACCAACCUUUUACUCCUGAGGCUACAGACAUUGAGGGUUAUGCCAUGACUCGGGCCCAGCGGGUACGUGCUGCCAUGUUCCCAGAGACCUUGGAGGAAGGCAUCCAGAUCCCACCCACACAGCUAGAUGCUGCCCACCCUACUGCAGUGCAGCGCUUGGCAGAACCGUCACAAAUGUUGAAGCAUGCUGUGGUCAACCUCAUUAACUACCAAGAUGAUGCAGAGUUAGCCACUCGUGCUAUCCCUGAGCUGACCAAACUGCUCAAUGACGAGGAUCAGGUUGUUGUGAACAAGGCAGCUGUAAUGGUGCAUCAGUUGUCGAAGAAGGAGGCGUCUCGUCAUGCUUUGAUGCGUUCACCACAAAUGGUUUCGGCAGUUGUCCGUGCUAUGCAGAACACUGGUGAUGUUGAAACGGCUCGUUGCUCUGCUGGAACCCUGCACAAUCUAUCCCACCACCGUGAGGGACUCCUUGCAAUCUUCAAGUCUGGGGGAAUUCCUGCACUUGUGAAGAUGUUGGGCUCACCAGUGGAUAGUGUGUUGUUCUAUGCCAUCACCACACUUCACAACCUGCUGCUGCAUCAAGAAGGGGCCAAGAUGGCAGUUCGCCUAGCUGGAGGACUGCAGAAGAUGGUGGCCUUGUUGUCUAAUACUAACGUCAAGUUCCUGGCAAUCACAACUGACUGCCUGCAGAUCUUGGCCUAUGGCAACCAGGAGAGCAAGCUCAUCAUUCUGGCCAGUGGUGGUCCCCAGGCCCUGGUCAACAUCAUGAGGACAUUCACAUAUGAGAAACUGCUGUGGACUACGAGCAGAGUUCUCAAAGUGCUUUCUGUUUGCUCAAGCAACAAGCCUGCCAUUGUAGAAGCUGGAGGUAUGCAGGCGUUGGGACUCCACCUGACAGAUCCUAGUCAGCGUCUUGUCCAGAAUUGCCUUUGGACUCUGAGGAACCUUUCAGAUGCUGCCACUAAACAGGAGGGAAUGGAGGGUCUCCUCGGUACUCUGGUCCAGUUGCUGGGCAGUGAUGACAUCAAUGUAGUGACAUGUGCUGCUGGCAUUCUCUCCAACCUGACCUGCAACAACUACAGUAACAAACUCAUGGUUUGCCAGGUUGGUGGCAUUGAGGCUCUGGUGCGAACAGUCCUUCGGGCUGGUGACAGAGAGGACAUCACAGAGCCAGCCGUUUGUGCGCUACGUCAUCUCACCUCUCGCCACCAGGAUGCUGAAAUGGCCCAGAAUGCUGUGCGCCUUCAUUAUGGCCUGCCUGUUGUGGUCAAGCUACUGCAUCCUCCAUCCCACUGGCCACUAAUCAAGGCUACGGUUGGGCUUAUUCGCAACCUGGCUCUUUGCCCUGCUAACCACAGUGCCCUGAGGGAGCAGGGAGCCAUCCCCCGUCUAGUUCAGCUGCUUGUCCGGGCUCACCAGGACACUCAGAGGCGCACUAGUAUGGGAGGCAACCAGCAGCAGUUUGUGGAGGGAGUCCGUAUGGAGGAAAUAGUGGAAGGCUGCACAGGGGCUCUGCACAUCCUGGCCCGGGAUGUGCACAACAGAAUUGUCAUCAGAGGGCUUAAUACCAUUCCACUCUUUGUUCAGUUGCUAUAUUCUCCAGUAGAGAAUAUCCAGCGUGUAGCAGCAGGUGUGCUGUGUGAACUGGCUCAGGACAAGGAAGCUGCUGAGGCAAUCGAAGCUGAGGGAGCCACUGCACCACUCACUGAGCUCCUGCACUCUCGUAAUGAGGGCGUCGCAACUUAUGCGGCAGCCGUCCUGUUCCGCAUGUCUGAGGACAAGCCCCAGGACUACAAGAAACGACUAUCAGUGGAGCUGACCAGCUCUUUGUUCAGAACUGAGCCUAUGGCGUGGAAUGAGACUGGAGACCUGGGCCUGGAUAUGGGAGCUCAGGGAGACCCUUUGGCUUACAGACAGGAUGAUGGAGCCUACCGUACCUACCCAGCAGCCUAUGGCCAGGACACCCUGUUGGAUCCAAUGAUGGAAGGUGCUGAUUACCACGCAGACACACUGCCAGACCUGGGCCACAGCACUGAUCCUUUGCCAGACCUCGGCCACACCCAGGACCUGAUGGACAGUAACCAGCUGGCCUGGUUUGACACCGACCUGUAGGAUUGUUUUAUUUGAAAAGAACCUGCAUUGUGAUUGGCCCAGAUCAUCUGAAGGAGCAUUAUGAUUGGCCUGUAGAGAUGUUGAACGUAUAGAAAGAAGUAAGGGGUCAUGGAAAGUGCCUGACACAAGAAAACAAGAGCUGGUUUCCAUUGGAAUGUUUAAGCAAGUUGAACCUGGAAUAAGAGAGGAAUUAAAAUUGCACAAUGGAGGUUUUGGAGCAGGUUAUCUAAAUAAGUGCACAUGCGGUGAAUCUUAAAGUUGGAAACAUGUUUUAGCCUUGCCUGUAUUAUCAGUUUUUGUUCCCUUUUUUUUUUUAAUUUCUUUUUGUAUUACUCAUUCUCUGUUAUGGUACUGACCCAGCUUGCCUUUGUACUAGCCAUCUUCAUUUCUCUUUAAUUGCUAAUCACUUGUAAUUUUUUUUUUUUUAAACAACGUAUAUUAUAUGUAGUGUUAAGUUAUAGUGAUAUUAUACAAUGUUCCUUUGGUUUAUGGCCGAAUGUGUAGAACACUAAUAAUCAGUUGAAUUGUACUCUGACUUAAAGUGUAACAUUGUGUAGUUUUUUUUAUAUAUAUAUAUAUAUAUAAUCUCAAAAUGGAGAAUUAUGCAUUCUUUAAUAUGUGCUUGUUUAAGCAUAAAAUGUCCAGUGUCACAAAUGUUCUAAAGGGGUUAACUGUUAAAGCUGAGGGUGGGGUUGGGGAGAAAUCUAGAGACGUGUUUUAUAUACAGUAUCACCGUAGGUUAUCAACUAUUUUGUAUGCUAUCAUUGGACGUGUGAUAGAAAGUCUUUAUCGCUAUCAUUGGUGGUCUAAUAAAACCCAGUUUUAUGUGCUAUCAAAGGUAGCUCGGUUGAUAAACCAGUUGUAGUCCUGCUGUGCUUGUUUUGGAGACGAGGUUAUGACACGGCUGAACAAUAAAGUGGCAUUGUAUUUGA